CACGCAGAGUCACAUGACAGGCAGAUUGCGUUGCAUCCGCACGAAACGGGAGCUCGGCUAUUUCCUCUUGCAGUUUUCGGACGCCUGGCCGUUAUAUAUAACUGACAACUGCUUGACUCAGGAAAACCCCAACGUCGACUUCGUGCUAGAGCGAGCUCCGUCCGAACUCACGCGAGAUUUUCGCCCCUCCCCCUCGGCGUGACAGGUGAUCCAACAUGGCGCUCUUCGAGAAGAAGAAGGCGCAGAAGGUGACGUUAGACGACACUUCCCGUCUUUCCUGUACCAUCGAGGCCGCCCAGAACGUGCAGGGACACACGGACUACGUGAUCAGAGUGCAGCGAGGACCCCUGGCAGAAAACAGCUGGCAGAUUAACAGAAGAUACAGUGAUUUUGCUGCCUUGAACACUGCAUUGCAGAUGGGAGGGCUGGAUCUGAACUUGCCUCCUAAGAAGAUAUUUGGUAACAUGGAGCGGGAGUUCAUCGCUGAGCGGCAGCAGGGGCUGCAGGUGUUCCUGAACAACAUCACCUCACACCAACUACUGUCUCUGUCACUCAUCGUCAGGAAGUUCCUGGAUCCUACCAACUACCCGGAGAGUAUGAACACACAAGAGGCUGCCCUCCAACAUGUGUCCAUGUUCUUCAGAUCAGAACCUCAUUGGGAAGUCAUAGAACCACUACGAGAUGUCGGCUGGAGAUUUAGAAAAACCUACUUUCUCAUCAAACCCAAAGAUCAGCCAAAGGAAAAACUAGUCCUAUCUUGGACUGACUUUGGUCCAGACAAGACAAUAGAUGAUAAAGAUCUUGUGCCAAUCAUGAAAUUACUUCCAACAAUACAACACCCGUUUGUUUAUCCCGUUGUGUUCGCUACGUCCAUGGAGAACGGAGGCCUUGCCAUCCGCAGCUUCUACCAACCAGGGACACUCAGGGAUGCCAUCUGUAAAACAAAACCAAAUAAAGUGCAUUUUCUGAAGAAAUACUGCAAGCCAAAGAUGUAUGCCCCCCUCCCACUCCCUGCAAUAAGAACCUGUGGAAGACAAGUACUAGAGGCCUUAAAGUUCCUCCACGACAAGGGCUGGUUCUAUGGUCAGCUCCAUGCGGGGAAUGUGAUGUUGGAGGAGAACUGCUGCCGCCUGCUGGACCUGGAGAACAGCGUCCUGGGUCUGCCUCCCUACUACAGAUACUUCCUGACACAGCUCAGGAAAGUACAGACCAUGGAGCAGGUAGAUGUGUACAGUUUCGGCCACCUGGUGUAUGAGAUGGCGUUUGGAGACCAGCUACAGACGGCAACACUGGAGAUGCUGCCUUUGGACUGUCCUGCAGAACUCAGAACGUUCCUGGAGUCCAUUCUCACUGUGGACGCUGUAAAGUCUCUACCUUCUGUAUCAGACCUCCUGGCUAGUCCGCUGUUCAGCAAUGUGCCUGUGGUUCUACCAGAUAAACCUCAGUUGAAGAUCCCCAGUAAGUUAAAAGAAGCCCUGAAGUCAGCAAAGGAGGCGACAGAGAAAAGACUGAAACUUGACCAGGGAGUGUUUAACCAGGUGAGGAGACAAUCUAAAGCCAAGGCUCACCACAUGUCUGAUGAAGAGAAGAAGAAAAGGAAAAAAUCAGCCAGAAAGCGUCUGUCCCAGCAGCCUACAGGACAGGAGGAGGACCACAACACCAACCACCUACCAGCUACCAAUGGGGUUGGUUCCAGUACCACCAGUCCCACAUCUUCAGGUGCACCGUCACCUGUUCCUCCACCUGCGCCAGCUGCUCCACCUCCACCCCCAGGCCCUCAGGGGGGACCCCCUCCCCCACCCCCUGCAGCUGGACCCCCUCCACCGAUGCCUUCGUCAUCCGGGGAGCGGGGCGCUCUCCUCAACUCCAUCUGUGGCUUCAGUAAGGCCGGGCUGAAGAAAGCCGUCACUGUGGAUAAGAGCGGACCGUACUUCUAGGCUCUAUGCAAAUUACACUCCUUAUAAGGAAUCCAAGUCACUGCCUUUUCCUUUUGAAAUAAGGACUGUACCACUCCACAAAAAGGGGUGUAUUUUUCACUGUUCUACUCUGUUUGUACUCUGAAGACUUUUUUGAUGAGUAAGCAGGACCAGUGAGUAUUUUCUACUGUUCUUUCAGACUUUGUAAUUAUGUAAGAAACAGGGUGAAAGAAAGACAUUAAAUUUUGUAAAAAUCCAAAAAUCAAAUCCUAGCAGAUAUACACCAUGAACUCUAUAUGGAGACACGUUAUUUUAUUUUCAAAUCAAAAGAAAGUACUGACUCAACAUCAGCAUUGUUAUUUUUCCUUGAAGUCAAUGAUUGUUUUGUUUUUUCCCUAAACAUAAGGUGCAGAGUAGCCAGACCAUGUACAAUGUGACCUUGUGAAGGAAUGUUUAUGUUAUAUGAAUGUCUCUGUAUGCAGCAUUUGCCAACAUGUAUGCUAUAAUUCUAAUUACAUUAUUUUGUGAUAUUGUAUGCUUAAUGUACAGUUACCUGUAAUGCAUUAUACAGUCUAGAGAUGUCAUUGAAUUGUCAUUGCAUGUAAGUAAAGCAUCUCAUGACAAAACUAAGCUGACUUGAUUGUUUUUGUAACCUACUUUAUAAUGACUAUGUUAUAAUCUGCAAUCAUUGUUCAUUAUGUUUGUACUCUUAAUAGGGCUGUUUUAGACCAAGACAAUCAUCAGUAUACAGUAUGAUUAUUAUUAUGUUAUACCGGUACUCUCUAAGUUAAGUGUUGAACCUACUGUGUACAUUGAGUUACUUAUCAACACUUGUUUCUAACUUGUAUCUGUUUGAAAUCCUUGGUGAAAGUACUCUGGCUCAAGAACUAUUUACCACAUGUAGUUGUUUUUUUUCUAGCAGUUUGUAGAUUCAAUGUUCUUUGUUAACAGUGAUAUGUAAGCCCCCUCCCACAAACUCAAAUGCCUUGAAAAAGCCAGGGUUUGUUUUUUGUAACUGAGACCUUUGUAAAAUACAAAUUACAUGUAUGUGGAAACUGUUAACAACAAAUCAAAGUGCAAUGAGUAGAAAGUGCCUUAUGGUUAUCAAAUCAUACAAAAUAACUUUUUCUUAAUUUUGACUUUGACUUACCAAAAAGACUAGAUCUAGAUUCAAACAGUACAGUGCAGUAUAUAGCUGCAGACUAUAUAUAUAUACCCAAGUCAAUGUGAUGUAGUUCUUGUUCUAGCAGAUAAGGACUGUUUUGUACAGCAUGUUCUCUACCCUUUGUGUAGUGCCUUAUGUGAUAUUACUACAACAUGCUUUGGUUUAAUUUGCCAGUGUGCAAAGGUCUGUGGCAUGGCUGUGUGCAGAAUGUUAAAAG